AUGCAAGCGACUACCGGGAAGAGAGAAUAUGAAAGUGUGUCCACCGGUUCCACAGAUGAGAAACAAGGCGUGAAUUUAGCAACCGUUACGAGGGCCUCGAGGCGAAAUUGGGGUAAGAAGCUACAACGACGUAUAAAGAAAGCGAAACUUGAGGAACAGGGUACCCUUUCAGUAGAUGAAGAAGCUACCCCACCCUUAGCGAUAAUGAAGAUAAUGACAAAUACCUUCACUCUUAAAUUCGACGAGCUUUCUACUUCCCAAGUGAUUAUACUUUCGGAAGCUAUCUAUAAUGAACUACAUAAAAAUGAUGUUAGCAAGAAAUCGUUACCACCACAAAGUAUUCAAUCAAUCCCAAUCGCUUCUUUAAUUCCUACCGAAUUUGUGGAUCUGUUGGAAUCGGAGGUUUUUAACACUAUGGCAGAGCCUACCAAAGCUACAAGUUUCGGUUUAUAA